CCUGCCGGUGCCGGGGACUGGUGGUGAGGAGCUGCAGCGGCGCUACGGGACUGGACCGUCAACCGGGAGAGUGGACACACUGAGGCCGACGGAGACGAUGGAGCGCAUGUCUGAGGAGGCGCUGAGGCUGAACUUGUUGAAACGAGGCCUCGAGUCACACAGCGAGCGAGAGGAGGUACUAGCCAAACGGCUCAAAAUGGAAGGCCAUGAGGCCAUGGAGCGCCUGAAGAUGCUUGCCCUUUUGAAGCGUAAGGACCUAGCUGACCUGGCAGCGCUGGAGGUUUCAGGGCCCCUGGCGGACAGGAAGGGCCCCGAUGUGAGCAGCCUUCAUCACCAGAGUUUAAUGGGUGCUGCUGCUUAUGAAGAGAAAAUGAACGGGCAGUCUCAGGUUGGGAGGUCACAGGCGGCCAUAAGACGGGAAGGAAAACAUCUUGACGAGCCGGUGGACAUGAGCGCCGGGAGACGAUGUGAUGUGGACCACGACAGACAAACUCCGUCUCCAGAUGUCAUUGUCCUUUCAGACAAUGAGGCAUCCAGUCCAAGAACAACUCCCCGACCUGACCAGCGCCUCCACCAGGCCAACCUGGAAAUGUUCAAGGGGAAGAGUGAGGAGGAGCGGCAGCAGAUGAUCAAAGCUCUGAGGGAAGAGCUUCGUCUGGAAGAGGCCCGCCUGGUGCUGCUGAAGAAAUUACGUCAGAGUCAGAUGCAGAAGGAGAACAUGGUGCAGAAGGUCAGAGCUGUUACUGUGGCACUCACUGAUUGCACAAACACCAAAGGAGGGAUGGGGCUGGUCUCUGGCAGCCACACCUCUCUGGAGGCUUUACCCUCCAACAUGGCUAGGAAGGGGAGUGAGCAGGAGGGCUCUCUCCAGCUUUGGCACUGUUUGGACCUACCUAUGGGGAAGAGUGAGGAGGAGCGGCAGCAGAUGAUCAAAGCUCUGAGGGAAGAGCUUCGUCUGGAAGAGGCCCGCCUGGUGCUGCUGAAGAAAUUACGUCAGAGUCAGAUGCAGAAGGAGAACAUGGUGCAGAAGGUACCGGUGGUCCAGAACCUUGCCUCAUCUUCACAGCCUUCUCUGAUCCAUAGCUCUUCUGGCCUGGGAAAGCUGCUGGCCCGGCCUGGCCUGCACAACCCUGAACCCCACAACCUCCGCACUGCUCAGAGUCAAAACAUUUUAAACUUCAAUCUUCCCAAAGUGCAGAUGACCAGAAUUCUGGAGGUGGAUUUAGGAGGAGAAUGA